GUGCGGACGUCCGUUAUGUGUCUGUGGUCGGACAGAGUCAGAGCGGGACCGAGAGUCACCGCUGCCCCGAAACAAGUGUGAGAACACACCGCUACUGACGAGCGCGUCACACAGGCUGCGACCGACACGGACGGCGGCACCGCAGGCUCCGGUUCACCGACACACACACACAACCGCUCCGAACCGGGACUCCAGUACCUUCUCGGCUCCGCGGGGCCCGGCGAGGCGCGGCGGGAGCAGAUGGAGCCUGCACCGGCGAAGGCGAAGCCGCAGGGCCGGCUACUGGUGUCCACCCAGCUGGAUGCCAAAGACGAGCUGGAGGAGAGACUGGAGCGGUGUGUCGGGAUCGUCCAGUCGUUGUCCAAUGGACUGUCGGAGAGAGAAGCCAACGACGCUCUCACUGCAAACGUGUGCAAAGGUCCGCUGCAGCAUGAGGAGGUGUGUCUGGGUCUGUUCUCUCUGGUCCUCACAGAACCCAGCCAGGCUCAGAGGUGUUACAGAGACCUGACGCUGGUCAACAGAGACGGGAUGAAUGUGAUCCUCGUGAAGAUCAACCAGAUUCUGAUGGAGAAGUUCCUCAAACUGCAGGACGUCCCGCGAACUCAGCUGGUGUGGCUUGUCAGAGAGCUGGUGAAGAGCGGCAUGAUGGGAGCAGACGGCGUCGUCAUGACGCUCCUGAAACAGAUCGCAGGCGGAGACAUCUCCACCAAGAACCUGUGGUUGGCCGAGAACGUCCUCGACAUCCUGCAGGAGCAGAAGGAGUGGAUAUCGAAGAGCGGGAUGCUGAUCGCGAUGUCGGUCUACACCUACCUCCGUCUGAUCGUGGACCACGGAGCCCCCACCCUGCUCACCCUCCGCCAGAAGGAGGUGGACUUCUGCAUCGGCAUGCUGAGGGAGAAAUUCUCGGAGUGUCUGAUCAUCGGCAGAGAUCUGGUUCGUCUGCUGCAGAACGUCGCUCGGAUCCCAGAGAUGGAGCUGUUGUGGAGAGACAUGCUGCACAACCCACAGGCCCUGAGUCCUCAGUUCACUGGACUCCUUCAGCUGCUGACGGCUCGAACCUCCAGAAAGUUUCUGGCCUGUCGACUCACACCUGACAUGGAGACCAAGCUGCUGUUCAUGACCUCAAGGGUUCGCUUCGGGCAGCAGAAGCGUUACCAGGACUGGUUUCAGAGACAGUACCUGUCCACGGCCGAGAGCCAAUCGCUGCGCUGCGAUCUGAUCCGCUACAUCUGCGGAGUGGUCCACCCGUCCAAUGAGGUGUUGAGCUCCGACAUCCUGCCACGCUGGGCCAUCAUUGGCUGGCUGCUCACCACAUGCACGUCGAACGUGGCCGCCUCCAACGCCAAAUUGGCUCUCUUCUACGAUUGGCUCUUCUUCAAUCCAGAGAAAGACAGCAUCAUGAACAUAGAACCAGCCAUCCUGGUGAUGCAUCACUCCAUGAAGCCUCAUCCUGCCAUCACCGCCACACUUCUGGACUUCAUGUGCAGGAUCAUCCCUCACUUCUUUCCUCCUCUGGAGUCGCAGGUCCGUCAGGGCGUCUUCAACUCGCUCACUUUCAUCAUGGAGAAGAGAGUGCUGGCUCACCUUGCGCCGCUGUUUGAUAAUCCAAAAUUGGACCGAGAACUUCGGUCAAUGCUCAGAGAGAGAUUCCCCGAGUUCUGCAGCUCGCCCUCACCCCCAACGGAAGUGAAAAUGGAGGAGUCGUCUUCUCUGGACAUGGAUAACCAUGUGUUGGACAAGGAUGAGGGUUGCUAUGACAACACUGAGGCCGCGUUCAGUGAUGACGAGGAGGAAGUCAACAACAAAGGAAAGAAAAGGGAGUUCAGGUUCCAUCCAAUCAAAGAGGCCGUGUUGGAAGAGCCUGCUGACAUCACACCCUGGUUGGACCAGUUAGAUGACACCAUGAAGGAAAAGGUGCUGCAGCUGCAGAAGACCAGUGACGCAGAGACUCAGUGUGAGGUGAUGCAGGAGAUAGUGGAUCUGAUCCUGGAGGAGGACUUUGACACAGAGCAGAUGUCGGCGAUGGCUUCAUGUCUGGCUGAACUUUUCAGAGAUCAUUUCAGAGGAGACGUUCUGCCAGAGGAGAUCACUGAGGAGUCCCUGGAGGAGUCGGUGUGUAAACCCGUCUGUCUGAUCUUCAGGAACCUGGUCACGAUGCAGGAAGACAACAGCGGCUUCUCGGUUCUGCUCGAGAUGUUGGCGGAACUUUACCAGAAACAACCCAAGAUUGGUUACCACCUGCUGUACUACCUCAAAGCCAGUAAAGCGGCAAACGGGAAGAUGAUGCUGUACGAGUCGUUUGCUCAGGCGACAGCUCUUGGCGACCUACACACGUGUCUGAUGAUGGACAUGAAGGCGUGUCAGGAGGACGACAUCCGCCUGCUCUGCUACCUCACCCCCUCCAUAUACUCUGAGUUUCCAGAUGAGACGUUGAGAAGUGGGGAGCUGCUCAACAUGAUCGUCGCCGUCAUCGACUCCACUCAGUUACAGGAGCUGAUGUGUCAUGUGAUGAUGGGCAGCCUUGUGAUGUUCAGAAAAGACUCUGUGCUCAACAUCCUCAUCCAGUCUCUGGACUGGGAGACGUUUGAGCAGUACAGCACCUGGCAGUUGUUUCUGGCUCACAGCAUCCCUCUGGAAACCAUCAUCCCCAUCCUGCAACACCUCAAAUACAAAGAACAUCCCGAGGCCUUGUCCUGCCUGCUGUUGCAGCUCCGCAGAGAAAAGCCCAGUGAGGAGAUGGUGAAGAUGGUGCUGAGUCGUCCUUGUCAUCCUGAGGACCAGUUCACCACCAGCAUCCUGAGACACUGGGCGUCCAAAUACGACGACACACUGGGAGAACACGUCAAGGCCCAGCUGAUCAAGAACAACAACCAGCCCCGCAAGAGACAGAGUCUACGCAGCUCCAGCAGUAAACUGGCUCAGCUGACCCUGGAACAGAUCCUGGAGCACAUGGACAACCUGAGACUGAGCCUGAGCAACACCAAGAACAACUGUGAGUACACACUGCCCCGCCCACUCAUUAUUGAUGAUCUAUUGAUCGCUGAUUGGUUCUGUCUUUCUCCCCCAGUCUUCACUCAGACGCCGAUUCUUCAGGCCCUGCAGCACGUUCAGGCCAGCUGUGACGAAGCACACAAGAUGAGGUUCAGCGACCUGUUUGCCCUGGCCGAGGAGUACGAGGAUUCGCAGGCGAAGCCUCCGAAGUCUCGUCGUAAAGCUCCGGCCUCCUCGCCGCGCUCCAGGAAGGGAGCGGCUCCGCCCACCAACAACGAGGAGGAGAGCGCCUCCAGCAGCGCCUCGGAGGAGGAAGACUCGAAGCCCAAAGCUCCCAAGAGGAAGAGGAAAGGCUCGUCAGCCGUCGGCUCUGACAGUGACUGAUGGACUGUUCCUCCGACCAAUAACACGCCAGCUGCCACGGAAGAAACCGCCAGCCCCACCAGACGCUCUGACCUACUUGAAGAAGCCCCGCCCCCUCACGAUGACAUGCACUGACGGGCCCGCGGGAGGGGGGCGGGACUCGCAGAGACGUGGCGGACUUUAAUUCCCAUGUGGUGAACUGUUUUUCACAUGAUGACGACACUGAAGCUGUCUCCAUGGAGACGAGGACUGACCUGGUCAAAGGCCAUUGUGUGGCUCAACUCCCAUGAUGCACUGGGAGGGGGAAACCACGAACUCUGGGACUGAAGAGACUGAUUUUAAUACAGGGAGUGUGACGACGACGAUGAUGAUGAAGAGUGUGGUUGUUUGUGGGGGGGGGUUUUUGAACUCUUAUUGUGGAGGAUCCUGACUUCCUGCUGGUUUCAGCAGCUCCUUCCUUCCUCCUGUUCUCGCUGCAGUAAAAGGUCCUCGUCUGUUUUCUGAUGUUGGAUCUGAUGAUGUUUGAUUCAGGUUGUCGUCUGUCUGUUGCUGAGGGGACGGGAGGGGGGAGGGGCCUCAGGGUGUCACGCUGCUCCACAGACUGUAAAUAAAGAUGGACGACAUGUCUCUUCCUCUCGUUGAAUAAACACCAAGUAUCUCAGGUUCAGGAACCGCCAUCUUGUGCUGGGUCAUUAGUGAUCGUGAACUGGUGGCGUGGUAUUGAAGCCCCGCCCAAAUGCUCUCCUGAGUCAUCCUGAGGACUAGACACUGGGCGUCAAAUACUAUGCUCUCGACCAAUCACAAGUCAGUGUCAGCUGUCAAUCAUGACGCCUCAGCCCCGUUUUUAUAUCAUCAGAUAACAAAUGAGAAGCAAAGUGACCAGAAACAUGAACAUGUGAAUAAACAUUAGUGAUAAGAAUAACCUCACAUGACAUGGAGGGGGCGGGGCUUAGGAUUUAUACUGUAACCGGACACCAGGGGGCGAUGUGUCCGUCGUCCAUCUUUAGUCACAGUCUGCUGCAACUCAGUUUGUCUGAACUUUUUUUGACUUAUUGAAAUAGAAAUAAAUGAAUUUGUAAAAUACUGAGAUUUUAAAA